AUGGGCAAGGCCAUCGGCAGCCGGGAUGACACCCUGGCGAGCCCUGGGAAGGCGCUGCCGCCGGAGCGACGUCCUGGCGGGAAAUCGCCGGACGGGAAGGGCUCCUGCUCCGCGGCUCACGGGGACGCGCUGCCGCGGGAGCGACGUUUGCCGGGGCCAGCUGAGCACGCGGCCACUUCUACCCAUGGACUGCGCCGUGAUUCAGCCGGGGCUGGAGCGGCCGCCGAGAGCGGCCCCUCGACGGCGGCGGCUCGGGCCGGGCCCACGGCGGCGCUGGACCGCGGCGGGGACCCGCCGGGACCUGUUGCACGUGCCCAGCACGAUGGCACCGGCUCAGAGGUGGCUGCAAAGCAGGGCUGGCCAGGGCACGGCGGCGUGACGGGCGCCCACGGCCCAGCUUCCCAGUCAGCAGCAGCUGUGGCCGCCAAAUCCCCAGCUGCUGCACCCAAAAACCCUUUCAUCCGCUUCAGGAAGGCCAGGGUGAGAAGCAGCAGCCCAGCCCUCCCAAGAGGUGGUGAUUCCCCAGCCGCUGUUCCCGGGAAUGCCUCCAUCGGCAUCGGCAAGGACGGGCUGAGAAGGAGCAGCCUGGUGACCUCCAGGGCCAGUGAUUCCUUGGCCGUGGUGCCUGGGAACAACUUGGUGCACACUGGCAAAGAGGAGGUGAGAAGCAGCAGCCCAGCGGCCCCCAGGGCCCGCAGUUCCCCAGCCAGGACACCUGGGAAGCCUUUCAUCAGCAUCCACAAGAAUGGGGUGAGAAACAAGAAGCCAGUGACACCCGGAGCUAGCGAUUCCCCAGCCACUGCUCGUGGAAACCCCUCCAUUGGCAAGGAUGGGGUGAGAAGCAGCAGCCCAGCGGCCCCCAGGACCAGCAAUUCCCUAGCUGCUGUGCCAGGGAACUCCUUCAUCAGCAUCCGCAAGGAUGGGAUGAAAAGCAGCAGCCCAGUGGCCUCCAGGGCCCACGCUUUCCCAGCCACAGUAGCUGGCAACACCUCCAUCGGCAUCAGCAAGGACAGGGUGAGAAACGGGCUCCUGGCAGCCUCCAGGCCGGGCACUGGCUCCCUGGGGAACUCCACGGAGCGGCACCCAGAGCAGCCCAGCAAGGACAUGCCAGCGGGCACGCUGGUAGCCAGCAGCUCGCAGCGAGCCGCCCCAACCGGCGGUCCCUGGCACGUAAGUGCUGCCCAGGGCACCCUGCGCAGUUCCCCACGAGGCCUCGGCACCCACCGCGUCCUGGCUGUGGAUGUGACGCUGGCGCCUCGGGACCCCCGCGCCCCCGGGCAGUUUGGGAACGCUGUGGCCGUCCCCGCGGAGAAGCAGGAGGAAGCGAAGAGUCGGUGGAAGGAAGGAAACUUCAACGUCUACCUCAGCGACCUGAUCCCCGUGGACCGGGCCAUCGCGGACACGCGGCCCGCUGGGUGCUCGGAGCAGCGGGUGCACGACGACCUCCCCACCACCUCGGUCAUCAUGUGCUUCGUGGACGAGGUGUGGUCCACGCUGCUGCGCUCCGUGCAUAGCGUGCUCAGCCGCUCGCCCCCGCACCUCCUGCACGAGCUCAUCCUGGUGGACGACUGCAGCUCCAAAGGCUACCUCAAGGGCAAGCUUGACAAGUACAUGUCGCGGUUCCCCAAGGUGAGGAUCCUUCGCCUGCGCGAGCGGCACGGCCUGAUCCGAGCCAGGCUGGCCGGGGCGGAGAUGGCCAAAGGUGACGUGCUGACCUUCCUGGACUCGCACGUGGAGUGCAACGUGGGCUGGCUGGAGCCGCUUCUGGAGAGGGUCCGCCUGAGCCGCGCCAAGGUGCCCUGCCCCGUCAUCGAGGUCAUCAGCGACAAGGACAUGAGCUACAUGACGGUGGAUAACUUCCAGCGUGGGAUUUUCACUUGGCCAAUGAAUUUUGGAUGGCGACAGAUUCCCCAAGAGGUCAUUGAGAAAAAUAAAAUGAAGGACACUGAUGUCAUAAGGUGCCCGGUCAUGGCAGGUGGCUUGUUCUCCAUCGACAGGAGGUAUUUCUUUGAACUGGGGACGUACGACCCGGGGCUGGAGGUUUGGGGAGGUGAGAACAUGGAGCUUUCCUUCAAGGUCUGGAUGUGUGGAGGAGAAGUUGAGAUCAUUCCGUGCUCCAGAGUUGGGCACAUUUUCAGGAACGACAACCCCUACUCCUUCCCUAAGGACCGGAUAAGCACAGUGGAGCGGAACUUGGCUCGCGUGGCGGAGGUCUGGUUGGACGAGUACAAAGACUUGUUCUAUGGACACGCUUACCACCUCAUCCUGAAAAACCUGGAUGUCGGCAACCUGACGCAGCAGAUGGAGCUGCGGAAGAAGCUUCAAUGCAAAAGCUUCAAGUGGUACCUGGAGAACGUCUACCCGGACCUGGAAGCUCCCCUGGUCAGGUCUAGCGGGCUGCUGGUCAACAUGGGCACGUCGCAGUGCCUCGCCGUGGAGAACGGCACGCUCGCCUUGGAGACCUGCGACGACAGCAGCGUGAAGCAGCACUUCAACUACACGUGGCUGAGGCUGCUGCAGCACGGGGAUGCGUGCGUGGCGCCGGCCGGCACGGCCCUGGCGCUGCAGCCCUGCGACGACCGCAACCCCCGCCUCAAGUGGCUGCACAUGUCGCUGGCCGCCCGGCACCCUGAUCUGACGGAGCACGUGGUGGCGGAGCAGCAGGGCCCGGCCGCCUGCCUGACCGCGCGCCCGGCCCCGCGCCUGGCCGCCUGCGACCCGCACAGCCCCCAGCAGAAGUGGCGCUUUGCCAACUACCACGUGGACUGA